AUGGACCUAAAUUCGGGGAAAAUUAUUGAUUUUUCCAUUAUUCAGAAAGGUGAUUUAGAAAAGUCUGCAUGCAAUUAUGUUUUAAACGACUUAAUUGAAAAUAAGAAAAUAAAUAUCCGUCUGUUUCUUUCUGAUAGACAUGUUGGCAUAAAGUCCAUGAUGAAAAAAGAAUUUCCCAACAUAUUACAUGAGUUUGAUGUUUGGCAUUUGUCAAAAAGUCUCAUAAAGAAAUUUAAAACUGUUGAUGUAAACAAAUAUCCAGAAGUAAUCGAGUGGAAAAAAAGUAUAAUCAAUCAUAUGUGGUACUCAGCACAAGCCUGUAAUGGUGAUAGUAAGGUAUUGAUCACCAAAUUUAAUUCAAUUUUACAUCAUAUUAAAAAUGACCACCAAUGGCGAACGGAAGAAGGAACCAUCAUGACUUGUGAACACGAGGAAAUACCGGAAGGAGUACUGAGAAAAAAAAAUGGAUUCAUUCACAAUCAGAAUCGUAUAAUGUUUUAA